GUUGAAAAAAUCUUGCCUGAAGUAAAUCCACCAGCCACUGGCAAAUACAUCUAUUACUUUGAAACAUCUGUCUCUAACACUUUAGGCGAAAAGAAAAGAUGGGUACAUCAGUCACACCUCAAGCAAGUGUACCAUUUACAUCUUCCUUCA